UGUUGUAAAGGAAAGUGGAAGCUGUGUACGUGGUUGCAGAAUAUGAUGCCGCACGAAUGUUUGACGAUGACACAUGGAUUUGAGUGCAAAAAUGUGCAAAUUUAUAACAUGGAUAUAGGACGGAAAAUAAAUGUAUGUCAAAGCGUAACCUUUAUAUACGCAACAGAAGUUUGGUAGAUUACCGACCAGAUGGAAGAGUUCACUAUUGGACGACUCCAUUCCGAAUUUGAGUCAUGAGCAUAGCAUGGGUUUUCAUCUGAUGUAGACUUACGUUAACAUAGGACAAACUGCACAGGAUUUCGUACAUCGUAUAAACUCUAUUUUGUGAGGUGAUGAGACCCUAAGUUCAUAGACUCAGGUCGAGUCUUAUCGUAUAACAAAAUGGCAACGUCUGUGCUUCUGAAAGACGUCUCCAUGACAACUGGGAAGAGUCCAUUUUGGGACGAAUCCACGCAGGCCCUCCUUCAUGUGGACAUAGAAUGUGGUGACGUACAUUCUUGGAACUCGGUGACCGGAGAAGAUUCUGUAGUAAAUUUAGACGGCAAUGUAAGCUUCGUCAUUCCGCGAGAAAAUGGGGGUCACGUGAUUGGGUUUCAUCGGGAGAUCUACAACCUGGACUGGAAGAAUGAAAUUGUGACGGUCAUCGCCGAGGAUGCGGAGAGCAAAGCUUACCGGAUGAGUGAUGGCAAAUGUGACGUCGCAGGACGCCUGUGGGCGGGUACCACCCAGAAGACGAGGCGGCCCCGCGCUGAAGUCCCUCGGGGAGAAGCUGCCUUGUAUUGCCUGGAUAGUGACGGCGUAUUAAAGAAAAAGCGUGACAAGAUCAGUGUUUCGAGUGGUAUAGCCUGGAGCCCUGACAACACGGUGAUGUAUCACGUCGAUUCCAUACCCCGAAAAAUCUACGCCUUCGACUACGAUGUUGCGAAUGGAGAUAUCAGUAACGAACGGGUAGUUCGUCACGCUGCCGACGGUAGCCUCGGCCUACCGGAUGGUAUGACGUCAGACGUUGAAGGCAAGCUAUGGUUGGCGUGUUUUGGCGAGGGCAAGGUCGUCCGGCUUGACCCAGAAACAGGUAAAAUACUUCAGGAAGUGAUGUUCCCUCAGGCUAAGCUGAUUACCUCAUGUUGUUUUGGCGGGAAGAACCUGGAUGAGUUAUACAUCACAUCCAGAAGAUACGGAUUAACGGAAUCGCAUUUUAUGAGAGAACAACCCUAUGCUGGCUCCAUAUUCAGAGUUACCGCCCUUGGGAUAAAAGGUCUGCCGUCGUACAAAUUUCGGGGUUAAUACUGGAGGUGAGAGUGAGCGUUUGACACAGGUACAAGUUUACUAUUGGAAGUGGGUAAACGGGUACCGAAAGUAGUAAUGUACCUAACAUUAAUAGGCAUACGCUGCAAAUUUGUUAUCAUCUUCAACAUAAAUUGUAUAUUCUUUGAAAUAUAAAACGGACAAAAUGUGCAUUGAGCGUUUGAAAGAUUGCUUCAUCCAGUACAUGUAUCUAAUGUACAGGGUGUGGGGUUGAAUUAGGCCCAGAAGUGUAGCCUUUCAACACCGAAACUAGGAAUUCACCUGUGGUAAAUAAAAAAUUGAAUAUCAAAAUUAUUUGGACUGAAAUACUCAUUUAUGCAAGGUUAUAAAUAUCUCAAAGAACGCAAUUCCAUGGUUGGUAAGAGUGAUAAAAACAUUCUCUUCUAAUCCGGCCACAUUUCAAUGAAAGACUAUAACUAGGCCUACAUAGCUAACAGUAUUGUAAUAUACAUUCUCGCUUCAUGACAAGCCUCAUCGUGGCCUCCGUGAUUAGCGUGCCAGCACGGCGUAAUGGCCCCGAAGCCUGUCACUAAUACGGUUGUUGUGAGUUCAAGUCCAGCUCAUGUUGGCUUCCUCUCCGGCCGAAUGUGGGAAGGUCUGCCAGCAGCUUAUGGAUGGUCGUGAGUUUCCCAAGGGUUCUGCCCGGU